AUCCCGGAAGAGACCAAAUCAGAAGCAGAACUAGAAGCUCUAGCUAGUAUAGUUUCCGAUCCACUAGAACGCAGCUUGCUGCGUGUUGCAUCCAGCUGCUUCUUGCAUUGAUCUAUCUCGAGCUCUCACAAGCUCUGCGUAGCAGCUCAUCUCAGUCAAGUCCAUUUGGGAUUGUGGUAGCUACGAUAUAUAUAUAUAUAGCAAGUAGCUAGUGCAUUUUUUUAUAUAUACAUAUAGGUAGCUGCAGCAGCGAGCGAUCUGAUCGGUGGUAGGUCAUGGAGGCGCUGAGCGGGCGGGUAGGGGUGAAGUGCGGGCGGUGGAACCCUACGGCGGAGCAGGUGAAGGUCCUGACGGAGCUCUUCCGCGCGGGGCUGCGGACGCCCACGACGGACCAGAUCCAGCGCAUCUCCACCCACCUCAGCGCCUUCGGAAAGGUGGAGAGCAAGAACGUCUUCUACUGGUUCCAGAACCACAAGGCACGCGAGCGCCACCACCACAAGAAGCGCCGCCGAGGCGCCUCCUCCCCCGACAGCGGAAGCGGCAGCGGCAGCGGCAACGAGGAAGACGGCCGCGCCGCCUCCCGCGAGCCGGCAGCCGAGGCGCCCGACCUCGUGCUGCAGCCGCCGGAGAGCAAGCGGGAGGCCAGGAGCUACAGCCACCAUCACCACCGGCUACUCACAUGCUACGUGAGGGACGUGGUGGAGCAGCAGGCGGCCGAGGCGCUGUGGGAGCGGCCGACGAGGGAGGUGGAGACGCUGGAGCUCUUCCCCCUCAAGUCGUACGUCGACCUCGAGGCAGAGACGAAGGUCCGGUACGUCAGGAGCGGCGCCGCCAGCGAGCAAUGCAGGGAGUUCUCCUUCGACGUCGCCGGCGGCCGGGAUCCGCCGCUGGAGCUCAGGCUCUGCAGCUUCGGCCCCUAGAUAGACCGGCGCUGCAUGCACUAAAACGUAUAUCAUUGCAUUGUGUAGCCCUUGCAUUGAUUAAUUCUAUCUACCGCGACAUGAAAAGGCGUAGGGGAUGAGAUACGGCAUGGGCUCUACGCUAGCUCUACCGACGACGUUGCAUGAAGAAUCUGAGAGGAUCAGGGAAAGAGCACGCAGAUGAGAUCUGAACUUCCUUGACCUUUUCAUCAUGAGAUGCAUGUGCUACUACUUCUUUUCGUUCUUUUCUGCUGCCUGCCUCCAUGGCGUACUAAGAUUAACCCUGUUCAUUCAGCACUGAUAAUAUAUCGAUCCCUUUUUUUCUUUUGGAA